GCAGAUUCUCGGGUCGCUAUCAUAUAUCUGAACCGGCCCGAACGCCUCAACGCUCUGUCACGCGACUUCUUCACGGAGUUCCCAAAAGCAAUUGCUUCGCUCGACGAAAGCCCCGACGUCGCCGUCAUCCUUUUAGCCGGUGCCGGGAAACACUUCUGCUCAGGCAUCGAUGUGGAUGUGCUAGCAUCGGGUUCAAUUGUAUCCCGAUCGUUCGAUCCGGGCCGCACCGGGGAGAAGCUCCGACGCGACAUCAAAUUCCUGCAGGAUGCCGUGACGGCGAUCGAACGGUGCAGGAAACCGGUGAUCGCCGCCAUCCACGGCGCCUGCAUCGGCGGUGCAGUUGACAUAAUUACCGCCUGUGACAUUAGGUAUUGCUCUGCUGAUGCUUUUUUCUCGGUGAAAGAGGUUGACUUGGCCAUUACAGCUGACCUCGGGACACUUCAGCGGCUUCCCAGCAUUGUUGGGUUUGGAAAUGCAACGGAAUUGUGUCUGACCGGCCGGAAAUUUACUGCAUCGGAGGCUAAGGAGCUAGGCUUGAUUUCUAAGGUUUUUGCAACCAAAGAAGCCUUGGAGGAGGGCGUAAGAAUUGUUGCUCAGGGAAUAGCAGAAAAGUCUCAACUCGCCAUCAUCGGAACAAAAGCAGUGUUGUUGAAGAGUAGAGAUUUGACAAUGGAUCAAGCCUUGGAUUAUGUUGCCACUUGGAACUCCGGGGUCCUUCUAUCUGAUGAUCUGAAAGAGGCAAUUUCUGCACAAAGAGAGAAGAGAAAGCCCAUAUUUGCAAAACUAUAGAGUUUGAAACAAGGUCAUAUAUGUGCAUGUAACUUCACAAAUCUGUACUUGCAUAUUUUGCGCUUUAGUUUGAAGACUACCAAUCCUGCUAUAUCACGGGUAGGACCGGUGGGUACUUCCAACCAAAAUAACACUUUCACAUUGAGAGGGAAUGAGAGAUUACAUAUACUGAGUUUUUCACAGUUUACACUGGCGAGAGCUUCUAAUAAAGUCAUUGAUGAGUCCACGUGAAAAUUUGCCUAUAAUUUGAUCCUUGAGAUGUUUAACAGAGUAUCUCAACAUUGCUACUAUUUGUCUAGACUCUAGAUUCACAACCAACCCGAACUGUUUUUUCAUAUGAUAUAUUUUAAUAAUGAAG